AUGCUCCGCUUCUUCCUCCUGGGUUAUUAUUUGUCAAGUGUAACGUGCUCAGAGCUGCUGAGCCGCCACAGAAGGUCUUGGAUCGUUGGCACCUUCUCUAUUGAGGAGGGGAAUCCAGGGCCCUUCCCGUACGAGCUGGGCAAGAUUAAGAUUGAGCGAAAAUAUCGAGUAUUCUUUCAUCUCUAUGGGGAAGGAGUGGAUGAGGAGCCAAAGGGAGUUCUCUCCAUUAAUGGAGAAACUGGCAUUGUGUCUGUGCACAAGGCUGUGGACUACGAGGAGAAGAAAAUACUAAAGCUGAAGUUUGUGGCCAGAAAGACAGAUUUGUCGAUUGACACCAGAUUGGGAGUUGAAUUGGUCAUAUUGGACAUCAAUGACAACCCACCACGCUUUCAGAGGGAUCUGUUUGAAAUCACAGUUGACGAGGAAACCACACAAGGGUCAAGUCUCCUAACUUUAGUGGCCCGUGACAGAGACCAGAGUGGGACACCAAACUCAACAUUUCACUAUGAAAUAAAGUCUGUGACUCCAAACUCCCCUGAUACUGAAUUCUUCAUCGAUGAGUCUGGAACGAUCUCAUUCAGAGGAUGUUUGGACCACAAGGCGGCUGAAAUGUUCACAGUGGUGGUGGAGGCCAAAGACCAUGGUGACGUAGUCAGUCUGUCCAGUUCAGCCACUGUUGUCAUUCACAUCCAGGAUGGCAACAACCACCUCCCAACCAUCAGCGGCCACACAGGCUCUGGCAAAGUAAAAGAAGGUGAGACUGAGACGUCUCCUCUGAGGCUGCAUGCGAUGGACAUCGACACCACAAACAGCCCGGCGUGGAGAGCCAAAUACACCAUUCAGGGUGACGAGGGGGAGCACUUUCAAAUAGAAACAGACCCGGACACCAAUGAUGGAAUCCUGACUGUCAUCAAACCUUUAGACUUUGAGGAGGGAGCACAGAGGGAGCUGACCAUCUCAGUGGAAAACGAAGCGCCAUAUUUCUCUUGUAAAGUGAAGGAGAAGACGUCCUCGGGCCUCUGGGGAGUUGACGCCAUUAAAGGCGAUGAUCCUGAUGCACCUCGGCCUCCCUCAGUAAAAGUCACCAUCGAAGUUGAGGAUGUCAACGACCCCCCGCUGUUCAGUGUGGCUGUCAAAGAGGCCAUGCUGGAGGAGAACGCACCCAUUGGAACAUGGGUCGAGAAAGUGACCGCUGCCGAUCCCGACUCAAAUCAUGCAAGAGAUUUUGUGUACCAGGUGGGAAGUGAUCCUGCGGGCUGGGUGACCGUGGAUCCCCACACAGGAGACAUCACAACAAUGAAAUCACCAGACAGAGAAUCUCCGCAUGUCAUUGACGGUGUCUACACCAUCUUACUGCACGCAGUGGACGAUGGUGAGCCACCUCUGACAGGCACCGCCACACUGAACAUCCAUGUGACCGACCAGAACGACAACGUGCCUCAGCCAACGGUGAACUUUGUGGAUGUGUGUGUGUCUGACGACCCCACCACCACCAGCAUCACAGCCUUUGACCUGGAUCAGAAUCCCUUCGGAGGGCCUUUCACAUUUGAACUGCUGGGGGAUGUCAAAGGAAAAUGGAAACUGAGUCCCUCAUACGGGUACACAGCCGGUCUGGUGAAGGAACCCAGUGUGUAUGCUGGUCUGCACACAGUUGAUCUGAAGAUCUCUGACAUGCAGGGAAAGUUCAGUGUUUACAACCUCAGUUUGACCGUGUGUGACUGCUCUGUGACGCCCGACUGCCGAAACCGCCAAGGCACAGCCACAACAGCUGCCUUUGGAGCUAUGGGCGUAGUAUUUACCUCACUGUUUUUACUCCUGUUUCUGCUACUGAUGGCAGUUGUCAUCAGCUGCAAAAAAGAGUUCACCACUUUGCAGACUUUUGAUUCCUCUGGAAAAACCCUCCUCGUAUCCAACAUUGAGCAACCAGGAACAGACUGCAAGUUACCUGACAGUGUCCUGGCAGUUCCUACUGAUAAGACACACCAAGGCCCGUCCACUGGACAGAGUCUGCAUGAUGGAAUGCAACACAGCAAAGUUUCAACAAGGGAUAUCGAGCAAAACUUCCUCUACACACACUUGGGGGGGAACCGAAAGGAAAAUGUUUCCUACCUAUUCAAUGAGUGCUGGAACCAGACAAAUUGGAAUUAUUUAAUAGCCAAUGGCUAUCAUCACGCCCACAAGGUAGACAUGAACAAAAUGAAUUACCUCUACAAAAGGAACUCAAGCUAUGUGACAGGUGCAGGCCUCCAAGCCCUGCUUCAUCGGAGGCUCUCCUCUCUGCAGGAGAAAGAGGCAGAUCUGCUGGACUACCAGCCUCACACCUAUGCAGAGGAAGGGGACUUUGACAACCAGUCAGAGCUGGAGAACAUCGUCAUUCCCGAAGACGAUUCAUUUGACAAAGCACUACAAGAUCUGGGCCCCAAGUUCAAGGAACUGGCUUCCAUGUGCAAGCCACCACAUAUGCAAAACUGA